UAUUUGGCGCUUCUUUUAAGAGUUACCUUGAUGCAAAUGUGGCGCCAUCCUAAUUUAAUACAUUUUGACGACACUUUUUCAUAUACACAGAUGAUCCUCCUUACCUCUACCCUCCAUAAUCACAACAUACAUUUCGUGCGCAAUUAAGAUUUCAGUGCCAUUUACCUACCACUUUGCCACAGACGAUCGUCUCACGGGCUAAUAGGCUAUGUAAUUUAUUGUACAAAUGGCAUGGUGGAAACAUUGAGCAUCCUUAUGCGAUUUUUUUUUUAAUGUAAGGUAAACUUAAACAAAUUUAAGCUUUUACUGUUGACAAAACUACGAUGUCUGCUGAUAAAAAAUUACGAUAAAACGUACAAAAAAUCAAGUUUGUGUGUCCUUCCAUUUCUUAAAUUUACUGGAGGUUUUAUUAAGUUUUUAAAUAUAUCACUGAUGAAAAAGUUAUUUUUUUAUUAGUAAAUUUGUUUUACUAGAUGAAUAAAUCAAAUCGGCAAAUUCAAAACAAUUUUUUUGUUACAUGUGGAGUAGUUUUCAUAAUAUUCCUUUAUAACUAAAGUAUGUAUGUAAUUUAGUUUAUCAGGCCCUGAUUCUCAAAGCCUAUCUUAGAUAAGUGAAAAUUUAUGAGAUAGGAAGAGUUGAGUUGAGUAUAUGAAGAGUUAUCAAUGUUAACGUCAUUUUUGUAUUUCUGUUGGGAUUUUAAUGCCGUAGAGAAUAAAGGCCUUAGAAACGAAAUUCAAAUUCUAGAACGUAGCUAUGAAAGGUUUUAAAUAAGUUUGUUUUGUAACAAAGAAACAAUCGCCUACGUAUACGACUCGUUUCCACGUAUAGACUAUGAAAAACGGUAUUUAAUAUUUUUCUGCUUUUUGAUGAUAUUAAAGUAGGUUUCAUAUCUAUUUUGGAAAAGGCUUUAUAUGUUUAGAUUUAGGCACCGCAGAGGAAAUUUUAUACUUAAACAUUGUUGCAGCACUUCUAAAAGAUUUCCAUUGAGUCUAAAAAUUACUUUAACAAUAAGUGCAGGAUCACCACAUAAUUGAAUUAAAAAGGAUACUAAUUUUUUUAGUUGUUGUAAAGUUGUUUGUGGCAUACAAAAUAAAUCCUGAAUGAACUUGUUAUCAUUAAAUAUUCGACAGAAAGAGUUAAGUUUAAGUACUGAAUUUGAUAGUAUUUUCGUCCAUAAAUAUAGUUAGUUAGCCCAAAGUCAAAACCUACAAUAACAAGUUAACAAGUUUGAUAUUUUUCUUCGCAUUUAAAAUUUUGGCAUUUAAUAUUUCGAAAAGUACUAUAAGAUUACUAUGUCAAUACCGCCAUGGUAUCAAAAAAAAAACAACAAGUUUUCAUUUAAGUUUUGAUUUAGGGCAAACAAAUAGGCUAAGCAAAUGGUUUUGUUACAUUUUUGUUUUUUAUUGUCAAUUGUUUAUUAUGUUGCGCACUAGUCAAAAAGUACCCGCCCGCCUUAAAUGCAAACCUAAAUUCCAGAAAUUCUGUAUUCUACAUAAUAUAUUUAUAUGAUAAUGUUAAUAUAACAUUACUUCCACAUUCCGCUGUUGUACUGGAUAUAGUCCUAAUAAAAAUAUACGAUUGUUCUUUUAUAUUUUUUUGUUAACGAAAAGAAAUCAUAUUGAUUUAAAAAUAGAACGAUCAUUUUUCAUGUAUCAAAUAAAGAAGACUGUAAAUUUUUUUUUGCUUGAAUAUAUCUAAAACGGUUCUUGUUAGUUUUAAUUAUGAAAAUGUCGAAGGAAGGUGUCCAGGUGCGAUGCAACACAGCGGAAAGUUUUAAAAUAAUUUAAUAUUACGCAAAUUUUAUUAAAUAUAUUACAUUAAAGCACAAAUUUACCUUUUGUCACAGAAUAUAAAAAGUUGAAAUAAUUUAAGAAGAAAUUGCAUUUUUAUAACUAUAUACCACCAUCCAAUUUUUGAUCUGUUUUAAAUAAAUAAUUUAAUAUUAGCGUGAUUUUUCAUUUACUUUAUUAAAAAAAACCUAGGAACCUUAUUUUUAUCUAUGGUUUAUUCCUCAAGGGGAAUCCUAAAGUAACUCUGUUGGUUUGUUGGCGCCAAAACCGCUUAACAGAUUUCGAUCAAAUUUGGCAAGAAUAUACAUACCAUCCUGUAGUAUCCCGGAAGAUAAAGAUAAAUACUUCCCGCGGGAUUUUCUAAAAACUUUAAUCAAAGCAGUUAAGUUGCGGGCAACAGCUAGUUAUUAUAUUAAUAACAACUACAAAAACCACUACCUUGAAGGCGGCAGUUAUAAUUUGCAUAUCAAUGUAUUGACAGCAUGGCAAAACGACGGAAUAGUUAUGCAGAGUUAUGUCACACUUCAAAUGACAAUACCAUCAAAUGUCAGAAUGUGAAAACACACUGUGUAUGCUACGUUUAUUUGCCAAGCUCUUAAGUGUUAGGUUUCUUCUUCUACUUUGAUGUGUCUAUAUAACAACUAAAAAUCACUUAUUUGUAAACGUAAUCAAUAUUAAACAUAACUCCACGUCGUGCUUUUAGCGAUCAAUGUUUCACACAGUAGUAAACAUUGCAUUAGGUCACUGUUGACAUAAAAUGUAAUGAUAUGGAAAGUUAAAAAAAACUAAGCAUCAUAAACCAAUAUGGAAACACGUUCAUGUUCAGUGCGACGUAAAAUUAAGUAUAAAGAAGUUAUUACAAUGAAAAUGAUCAUAUUUAUGUUUGUUAUUGUUUCAAGUCUUAUAGAAUUAUCAGAAACUUUAAAAUUAAUUAAAAAGGCAGUGUCUAUUGCAAAUAACGUUUAUCAGAAAAAAUAUUUGACCUCAGUUGUUUGGAAGCAUUGUGAUGAUAUCGUAGUGACAAAUUUCUUACAACUAUAUGAAGGAUCUGUUGUUACAGUCGAAAUAAAUAAAGAUUUUGAUUCAAAUAAAAUUGAUUUUCAUAAAAAUGUUCUGUAUCAACAGACAGUUUUCUUUGCAGUAGAUGCAGCGGAGUUUGAAUAUUUCUUAAAAGUUAUAAAUCGUAUAAUUGUCGUUCCUAUCAAGGUAAUUAUAGUGAUUGCUAAUCGUGAGUUAUCAACCGAUUUUGCUGCAGAAUUUACUAAAACAGCUUGGGAUAAUGAUGUUGGUAGUAUAGUAGUGAUGGGAAACAUUAACGAGACAAUUGAAUUGAUAACAUACUUUCCGUAUGACAACGGUGGAUGUGGUAACUACACCCCUGUUCAUUUAAAUUCCGGCACAACAAAGUAUUUUAAACCAAAAUUCCGAAAUUUUAAUGGCUGCCCUAUAAGAGCAUCUCUUCUGGAAUUCAUUCCCUAUGUAAAAUUAAAAAUAGAAAACGAUACCGCAGUAGCUAUUGGUGGUUUAGACGGCAAUUUACUGAAAUUAAUAAUAGAAGUUUUAAAUUCUACGAUGGACAUAAUGUCGGCCAACAGUCAUGGAGUGAUUAGCACUUGCGUGAACGGUACAAGAGUGGGUACUUUUAACGACUUGGUGUAUAACAUAGCAGAUAUUAUGGCACCUUCUUUCAUUAUAGUACCCAUAAGGUACGCUGUAUCUCAGAUAUCUUACGUUUUUUACACUGUAAAAAUCGUUUGGUGCAUGCCUAAUCGCAGAGAAAUAUACCAGUGGGUAAAUGCUAUACUUCCUUUUAUAAACAUGUCUACGCCUUUGAUUAUAUUAGCAAGUUUUUUUAUCAUUGUUAUUAUCAAAGUGGUAAAAAGAAUUGGAAAAGUAAAGGACAAGUGUAACAAAGGUAAUUUAUUUGAAAUGCUUGGAAUAUUCCUUGGUCAACAAGUAAACAUAAACUCUAAGUACAGAUUGAUUAAUAUUAUGUUUAUAUUUUGGAUUUGGUUUAGUCUAAUUGUUCGUAUAUCAUAUCAAGGCAAACUCAUAGAUGGCCUACGGAAUACAAUUUUAGAGCCACCUACAAAAACAUUAGCUGAAGCAAUAGAAGUUGUUGACGGUAUUGGUGGAAUGCCAACAUUUAUUGAAUUGUACAAAAAUACAUCUAUUGAACAUAAAUACAAUCAAAUAAAAUUACGAGAACUUCCGAAUUACAUGAAGGAAGUGGGAGCUGGAAGGAGAUAUUUGCUCGCAGUUGAUAUGGUGCAAGUGAAAUACUAUCGGCACAAACUUCAAAUUUUAGAGGAGCGUGUGACAAGUGUGCCGGCUUGUAUUCACAUGCGACCUCGGUGGCCAGCUGCACCGGAAAUUAGUCACCUUAUCGGUCGAAUGGUAGAUUCGGGAUUAAUUGUCAAAAUAUGGAAGGACAUUACAAACGAAUGGUUGUUAUUACACGGUUUGGAACAUACCACUAAUACUGUGAAACCACUGGACAUAAAAACACUAAGUUCAUGUUUUUACGGUCUUAUAAUCAUGUACUUUGUAAGCGGCUUUGUGUUUUGUUUGGAGAUCAUUUUGAAGAGAUACAAGAGUAAACAUCGAGAAGUUAUGGAGAAGUAGAUAUCAAAGUCUCUGCUUUGAACUUUGAAAUAAUGAGAUACAAUACCAAAAAUUUUGUUUGCAAAUACAUAUUGCAGUAGACGAUAAGCUUAGAUUCGUACGAAUAUGUAAAUUUUAAUGAAAACCGAUACGAUUGAUACACAAGACAAAAUAUUACAUUUUGAAUAAAGAAAAUGUUCUAAAAUGUACUUUAUUAUAACUUGUACCUAAAUGCAUUUUUGUA